AUGUUCCCACUUAAUGGCAAAAAGCUAGCAGGGAAUAAUUCCAAAGGGUCGAACCGCACCACCACCAAGUCGAAAAAGGGAUGUUUGACGUGUAAAAAGCGCCGGAUCCGCUGUGACGAGGGAAAGCCCAGCUGCAUGAACUGCGUCAAGAAGAAUGUCGAGUGUGGUGGGUACGCGACCAACUUCAAGUGGAAGCCGUUCAACGAGGCCACCAAGCAGCCACCGCAGACCUUGAUCCUGAAUCUGGGAGGCGUCGAGAUCAAUCGGCACUUGGAGUUGGCCAGUUUAUCGGUGGUAGGCAGGAGCAUAAGCGAGAUCAACGAGGAGAGCGAGCGGAUUUCGCAGGGUCUCAACCCUGGCCAUCUGCGACACAGCGUCACUAGUCUCAACUCACCCGCGAGCGAGCGAUCGCGGAGUUUCAGCAUACCGCACAGCUCGUCGUCGCGCCACGGGUCGCCCAUUUCGAGAUCGUACAGCGAGACGUUUGCCUCGCAUGACAUUUCCGAGUUUAGGAGCAGGACCGACUUGGACUCGUUAGCGGAGGCCGCCGUGGGCGAGAUGGAGAAGCUGGGCACACCCGUGGACAUGAUGAGCGCGUCCACUGGGUUCUCCCCCUCGCAGCUCAGCCCCACCAUCAUGAGCCCCUCGGGUCUGGGUCCGCUUAUCAAAAAGGAUGCCUCGGGCCACUUCAGCGUAACGCCCACCAUUAGUGCCAUUUUGAACUUUGCAAUGAACCCCGAGGUGAUUGAUGUACCGUCGGUGGAGACGUUCAGUCCCUUGUCGUUGGACCAAAUACAUUUGUCGCGCUCGGCGUCGACUCGCAGGUUCGACAUGGACAAGUCGUUGACGCGCUCGGCUGAGCACGAGCAGAUUUUGUUUCUUUACUCGGAACAUACGUCGGGGAUCAUGUCGAUCAAGAACGGGCACCAUGAAAACCCGUGGCGGAACAUGAUUGUGCCCUUGGCUCAUAAAUACAGUUGUCUUUUCAACUCGAUUGCCUCAAUGACGCUUUUCCAUUUAGCCGGCAGUCGAGGCGUGGUUCGCGAGCCGGAGCAGUUGCAAGUGCGCGCGGGGAAUUACAUGAAGCGGUGCAUUUUGGAGUUGGCGAGUGGAUUGUCAAUGAUGGAGAAUGGCAUCGAGGGCGAGCUUCCUGCGGAUAUCGCGCUUGCGACGUGUUUGAAUCUCGCGGUUUCGGAAGGGUGGGAUACGCAUACAUCGAGUGGCAUCGCUCACUUGAAGGGGGCCAAGAGCAUGAUUAACAAGAUUUUGAGUUUGUUGAAGGAAACUCAGGCUUCCAUCAGAGACAAGCAUCGUAAUGAAACAACAAGCCCGACAUCAGCUUCGGCUGUAGCUGCAAAUACUGCCGCUGAUACAAUAGGAAGAAAAGGCGGGUUCUUUGACAUUCAGAGCAAAUUGACAUUGAUUGACAAUUUUGAGUACGAAAAGAUGGUUCAUGAUUGUUUGAAGAAGAGUGAUUCGGUGGUGAUUCCAAAGAGUAUACAGUUUCUUUUCAACAUCUGGAUAUAUUUUGAAGUUUUGGCACAGAUGACGGCCGACUGCAACCAUGACGAUAAGGGGAUCGACCUUGUUGCCACCAUCACGAAAAUGCUACACAAGGAACGUGCUUCUGAUAAAAGUCAAGCUCAAGCUCAAGCUCAAACACAAACGCAAUCUCCAAAUCAAACACAUGGGGGACCGGCAAAGUCUCCCUCGGAGCAAAGUGACGCAUCGGACAAGGUUUUCAAUUUUUUCGAAGCGUUCGAUAACAUGGAUUUUGAUGCCGAUGUGGUGGACCCGCUCUUGGGGUGUAGCCAGGCUCUCUUUUCGGUAAUGGGCCGAGUGGCCAACUUAGUGUCCAAGAUUCGAAAAGUCAAGGAUCGGGACGGGUGGAAAAAGAGAAACACAUUGAAUACAAUUACGCAGGCGUCGGAGCUUCGCCAGUUGCUCUUGGACUGGACACCUAAUGUCGGCACCGGUGCCAUUGAAAAUGAAGAAGGCGCCACUUCAAAAACGUGGGACAUUGCGUCUUGCAUCGCUACGGCCGAGGCGUACCGGCACUCGACACUAUUGCUCUUGCACCAGGCCGUGCCUGAGAUCCCUUCCUUGUCGUCGCAUUCGUUGGCGGAAAAAAUUCUUAUACUUUUGGCGUCGAUACCAGUUUCGUCCAACUUGAGCAUUGUUCACAUCUUCCCGCUCUUGGUGGCGUCCUGUGAGGCCGAGGUGGGUGAGGAACGAGACUGGUGCAAGUCUCGGUGGACGGUGUUGUCGGAAAAGAUGUGGAUUGGGAACGUUGAUCGAGCGUUUGAAGUGGUCAAGGAGGCCUGGAGGCGCAAAGACGAAGAGAGCCAUGAGCAAAAGGAAACGCAGCGACAUCAUCCUAAGGACGGCUUGAUGUCGUUGAUAUAUGGCGACCUGACCAAGCUUGGGAAUAAAAGCGACGAUGGUGGAAUUGAGUCGCGGACACAUUGGACUAACAUCAUGAAGGAGUGGGGCUGGGAAGUCUUGCUAGGGUAG